AUGAACACGUACUGCUUACUCAUUGUUCUCUUCAUUAUUCGCCGAUUCGAAACGGCCCCGUUGACUCUGAAAAGCUCUGAAAACUCGACAGAAUGUCCAAUUGAGAAAAUUGAGAAAAUCGGCGAUUGUGUACAGGUUUAUUCAUCGACCGUUUGACUCGAAAACGAAAAAUUGUCCCAUCAGAACUUGAUGUCAACUGUGGAGAGUAUCACGAAAUGGGUGGACCAGGAGUACAAGUUCGACACGGGCGAAAAGAAGGAAUUCCAGACAAAGUGUGAAGAAGCGCAGGUGAGCUGCCCGCUUUUCAGUCUUCUUUUCAGUCUUUCCCCUUUCAGAAGUGCUUCGCUUCAGUCAAAUCGAGUUGUCCGGACUUUCCAGACUCUGUGAACCAGGAAGUGAGCGUCAUGUGCUCCAGAUUCACAUUUAUCAUUGACAAGUUCACGGAUUGCGUUCCGAAACUGGAUAAGCUCACCGAAAUCGCUUGUGUCAACGAGGUGUUUGGUCCCGAUUCCAUGAAGGUGAGCAGCUGCCGGAGCUGGGUAGAAGAGUCAAAGUCUUCAGAAAAGCGGAAAGGAAAAGUGUCAAUAUAUCAAGAAGAAUCGAGAGUGCGCGAGGCUGGAAGUUGAGAAGAAUUGUGGACAGAAGAUGGCUGCAGUGUUGGAUGAGGUACCGUCACCCCAAUAUCAUUCAUUCAUGACAAUAUAUCUCAGCUGUCGGUAGAGAUAUGAAAAAGUAGUCAACUGAUAGAAUGCUAAGAAAGACAUUGUGCAUAUUUCAUCAGUUGAGUACUUUUUGAUAUCUCUUUAGACAACUGAGAUACAUUGUCCUGAAUCAGGAGAUAGUUCUGGUACUCGCACCAACAGAACAAUGAUCCUCAUUUGCUUUUUGUCUUUGUCCACCAAUGAGCGCUACCUGAACUAACUCAAAAAUCAACGACACUUCCCGAACCUUCUCUAGAUGAUUACUUUCUUACAACUAUUGUGAACUCACUUUCCAUAUCAAAUUGCUUACUGUUCCAGAACUUUGACGAGGAGCUGAAACUGUACACGUGUUAAAUUGGUCGCCAACUGAUCGGACACUGAUGUUUUCGCUGUCAAACAACCCACGAAUUCAGUAAAUAUUUGCUCUUCUCUUCUUAUUUUAGCCGCCCCUUAAACCAAUUAAAUAACUUUGCCUUAUCACCACACAUAAAUGAUUGCGAACUUACUUUUCCUGCUGGGACUGCUCAUUGUGCACUCCCAUAGUUAUUCUCUUCACUGCGCAUCUUCUUCCAUACGAAGUCAAAUCAGAAAAUGCACGGCAACCGUACACGAUUUCCAAAACCAUCAAGCUCAAGUCGACGGAGAUCACUGGCUCGAGCCACAAGUCUCCAAGGUGCUCAACAAGAAGUGCGAUGAAGCAAAGGUGCGUCACUCGGACUUCCACAAUAUCCAAUCCUUUGCAGAAAUGUCUCCGGAUGCUCGAAGACUGCUCCGUUUUCGAAGACGACGAUAUUCUGUGGCUCGAAGAUUUCUGCGAUUCCUACGGGUUUUUGACAGGCGCUUUUCACUCGUGCGCCGUCAAAAUCGACAAGAACUUUAAGGAUCCGUGUGUGCAGCACUAUCUCGUCAAUUCACCCUACUUUAUGGUUCGUUGAGCCUGAAGCUUCUACUCAAAACAACCGUUUUUUCAGUUGGACGAAUCGGAUCGGUGUGACAUGCUGAAAAACGACGGCCGAUGUUUGAAGAGGAUCAUAAACUCCACGUGUUCGCCCGAUUUCGCAGCCGAUUUCCAAGAGUUACUCGGCCGACAAAUGACGCGAUUAGACUGUUGA